AUGGCUGGCCUUCAACCUAACAUCUGGGCCGGUGUGGCCGUUCCAUGGCUUGCGGCGUUGAGCUCACUUGUUAUGCGUGUUUGCGCCCGACGCAUGACCAAGAUGAGUUGGUGGUUUGACGAUUACUUUUCUAUCUUGGCAUUUAUCUUUGCGACCGGAUACUGUGGCAUCAUGGUGCAGUGGACGUUGCACACAUAUCUAGGCAUUAAGAUCCCGGACUCGAUUCCAUCUGAUGAGCGGGAGGCCAUCCUUCAACAAGCCCGUUUCCUUGCCUUCCUCAAUUCUUUGUGCUAUGCCUCAUCUAUCGCCUGUUCCAAGAUAGCCAUCUUGUCGCUUUACUGGCGUCUUUUUAGCAUCUCCUCAAUUCGAAUCCCAAUUCUGGUCAUGCUUGUGAUGGUGGUUAUAUGGAUUAUCCUUCGAACAUUUAUGCUUACUUUCCGUUGUGUCCCUGUCCAAUCUCUUUGGGACUACACUAUCACCGACAAGGUUUGCAAUCUCGACAGUGGCCAGUUCUUCCUGGGUACCAUUACGACUCACUUCAUAAUGGAUCUCGCUAUCCUUGUUCUACCAAUUAUUGAGGUUGCCCGACUUACCCUUCCAAAGGGUCAAAAGCUUGCUAUUGCUGCUUUGUCUUACUCGGCGCUAUGUAUGGUCCCUGACGUUGUGUCACGUGUUCGUUCAUCAAGCUGA